AUGGGUUCCCUUGCGCCCCCAGACCACAGACGGGUUGCCGUCAUCACUGGUGCCACUAGCGGUAUUGGUCGCGACCUGGCCGAGCGCCUGCACGCCCGCGGCUACAAUGUCGUCAUCACGGGCCGGCGCGUCAAGGAGGGCGAGGCUAUCGCCGCGCAGCUAGACCCGUCGGGAAAGACGGUCCUCUUCGUCGAGUGCCACGUCGAGUCGUAUGCCUCGCAGCUGCAGCUCUUCAAGGCCGUCUGGGCAAAGUGGGAGCGCAUCGACGCCUUUAUCGCCAAUGCCGGCAUGAUUGACAAGGGAUCGCGGUACAAUCUCGACCGGCGCAACGCCCGUGUCGACGAUCCUCCGCCGGAGCCUGAUCUGAGCUGCACUGAUGUCGACUUCAAGGCCGUCGUUUACAGCACCGAGCUGUUCACGCACUACAACCGGCACAACCCGCCCGACGUCAAGGGCAAAAUCAUUGUUACCGGCAGCAUCGUCGCGAUUUAUCCAUGCCCGACAUUCCCAGAGUACGGUUGUGUCAAGGCAGCUGCGUUGCAGUGGGUGAGGACCAUGGCGCCCAUGCUGCUCAAACAUGAAAACAUCACCAUCAAUACCGUGCUGCCUAAUGGGUAUGACACUGGCAUCAUGCCAGAUUUCAAAGAGGCGUAUCUGGAUGAACACUUGACGGACAAGGAAUGCCUCAUGUCGGCCUAUGAUGUAUUUUUGGAAGACGAAGCACACCAAAAGACCGGGCAGGCCAUCGAGACAGCUUACAGGUCUCAUUACUACCACGACGUACCAGAGUAUAAGAGCGGCAACGUGAUUGCCAGGACAGACAAGCCGUAUGAGCCUUGGUUCCAGUGGAUGCACCACGCAAAGAGUGGACUGCCGGGCGCAUAUCUAGAGCCGCUUCGCAAGAUGUCAUAG